ACUGAUCCCUUUCAUCCCGCACCGUGAGUCAAGCGUGCUCGGCUGCGACAUGACCAGAGCUCCGCGGUCCUGGCGAUUCAAAGAUGGAGCAGUUUAAAGCGAUCAUUUCAGUGCUUUGGAUAUUAUUGCUCAACAGAAACGAGGAGGCUUGCGCAGAGGAAGUUGUGCUGCUGAAUUCUAAGGAGUCCCAGGCAGAGCUGGGUUGGACCUCAUAUCCUUCUAAUGGGUGGGAGGAAAUCAGCGGCGUGGAUGAGAAAUACAAGCCCAUUCGUACAUAUCAGGUGUGCAACGUGAUGGAGCCCAGUCAGAACAACUGGCUCCAGACAGGCUGGAUCUGGCGGCAGGGCGGCCAGCGCAUCUUCAUCGAGCUGCAGUUCACUCUGCGUGACUGCAACAGCAUCCCCGGGGUGUCCGGAAGCUGCAAAGAGACCUUCAACCUCCUCUACGCAGAGUCUGACUGGGACCUGGGGCGCAUGGCCCGCGAGGACCGCUACAGCAAAAUUGACACCAUCGCGGCAGACGAAAGUUUCACGCAGGGCGAUUUAGGCGAACGUAAAAUGAAGCUCAAUACAGAAGUACGCGAGAUCGGGCACCUCAAUCGCAAAGGAUUCCAUCUGGCCUUCCAGGACGUCGGCGCUUGCGUCGCACUGGUUUCAGUGAGAGUUUACUACAAGAGGUGUUUGUCGACCGUGCAGAAUUUGGCCGUGUUUCCGGAUACGGUAGCCGAAGCUGCAUUCUCCACGUUGGUGGAGGUGAGAGGGACAUGUGUGAAUAACUCGGAGGUGGAUACGGACAGUCCUCCCAGAAUGCAUUGCAGCGCGGAAGGGGAGUGGUUGGUGCCCAUCGGAAAAUGCAGCUGCAGCGCGGGAUAUGAAGAAGGACACAGCAGCUGUGAGGCCUGUCCUCCCGGCACAUAUAAGAUGUCGUCACGGCAACAAGAGUGUUUCUCAUGUCCGGCGAACAGCAAGGCUGAAGAGGAGGGUAGUGUGCUUUGUAUGUGUGAGGACGACCACUUCAGGACACCGCUGGACCCCCCUUCGGCCCCUUGCACUCGUCCCCCCUCUCCACCCAGAGAUCUGGUCUACACCCUCAAACAAUCCACACUCAUUCUGGAAUGGUCUGCGCCAAAUGACUCUGGUCGUCGGGUGGAUCUUACCUACAGUAUAGGUUGUCGCCGAUGUGUCGGCCCACCUCGAGCCCUGCAGGUGCAGUGUGAACCCUGCGGUGCCAGCGUGGGCUUCGUACCGCAGCAGAGCGGCCUGAGGGAGCGCACGGUCACUGUGGUCAACCUACUGCCUAACUCCAACUACUCCUUCAGUGUGGAAGCCCGCAAUGGCGUUUCGGAGUUACUUCCGAAUAAAAGGUUCUACGCCCAAGUCAACAUCUCCACCAGCCUUCCAGCACCCUCUCAAGUGAGCGAGCUGCGGGCAGAGAAGGUUGAACAGCGCAGUGUGACUCUGGUUUGGAGGGAACCCAUCGCAUAUACCAACAGCAGUCGCACAGAGUACGAGAUCAAAUACUAUGAGAAGGACCAGAAAGACCAGAGUUAUUCCACGGUAAAGACGGCCGCCACCAGAAUCAGUGUCAACAACCUGAAACCGGGCACAACUUACGUCUUCCUCAUCCGCACCUGUUCCAGUCCAGCUUUGUCCUCUCUCUCCUCAUCACCUCUUUCUUCAUCCUCCUCGUCCUCAUCUCCCUCUUCUCCAUCUGCUGCUUCUUCCUCCAGCCCCGUGGUGGCUGUGUCACCCCUUCCGCUCGACUACGGGGCAUACAGCACACCGCUGGAGCUGCAGACGCUAGGAGAAUUGGCGCUGGCUUCCAGCGAGCAGAGUCCUGUGGUGAUCAUCGUGGUGGUCUCAGUCGCUGCUCUCAUCAUGUUGCUCACUCUUGGAGUUGGACUGCUCAUCUGGAGAAGUGGCUUCUCCAGACCCUCCAACGUAGCUCCUACACACGUGGUGGUGCUCUCUACCUCCUUCUCUACUCUUCCUCCUCCACCUCCUCCUCUCCCUCCCACCACGCAGCUGUUUCCAAGACAGUGUGGCUACAGUAAGGCCAGUCAGGAGGGAGACGAUGAUCUUUACUUCCAGUUUAAAAUCCCAACCAGAAGGACGUACAUUGACCCGGAAACAUGUGAAGAUUUGCUCCAAGCUAUCCACGCCUUUGCCAAAGAACUGGACAUCUCCAGCAUUAAGAUAGAGAGGAUAGUCCAUACAGGAGACUUUGGCGAGGUAUGUUGGGGUUGCUUGAAACUGCCCAGCAAACGCGAAUUACCCGUGGCCAUAAAGACGCUUCGGGCAGGCUGCUCGGAAAAACAGAGACGCUCGUUCCUCAGCGAAGCAGGAAUUCUGGGACAGUUCGAUCACGCCAACAUUGUACGUCUGGAGGGAGUCAUUACCAGAGGCAACACGAUGAUGAUCGUGGUGGAGAGUAUGACCAACGGGACACUUGACUCUUUUCUGCGGCAACAUGAAGGUCAGUUGACCGUUCUCCAGCUGGUGGAACUGUUGAGCGGUGUGGCAUCUGGGAUGAAGUAUCUUACAGAAAUGGGCUUCAUCCAUCGCCGGCUGGCAGCUCACAAGGUCCUGGUGAACAGCAACCUGGUGUGUAAAGUAUCGGGAUUCAGACCUUUCCAGGAUGACAAGAUAGAGGCCGUCUACAGCACUCUACACAGGGGGAAGAGUUCUGUAUUGUGGACGGCCCCAGAGGCCAUUCAGUACCAUCGGUACAGCUCGGCCUCGGAUGUGUGGAGCUUCGGUAUCGUCAUGUGGGAAGUCAUGUCCUUCGGAGAGAGGCCGUACUGGGACAUGGGCAACCAAGACGUAAUUAAAGCGAUAGAGGACGGGUUCCGGUUACCCGCACCCGUGAACUGCCCGCCAUCUUUGCACCAGCUCAUGUUGGACUGCUGGCAGAAGGAGAGGACGGAGAGACCCACAUUCACACAGAUCCACAGCGCUCUCAGCAAGACCAUCAGGAGCCCGGAUAACAUUGGGUCAUCCACACUGGGACGCAGGACUCUGGGUUCCUCCGUAUCACUAGCAGACCGAACUCUCCCCUCCUUCCCUUCCUUUAGUUCCAUUGGAGAAUGGUUAGAAGCUGUAGACAUGGGCCGCUACAAAGACAACUUCACAGCUGCUGGAUACUGCUAUCUGGAGUCAGUGGCCCGCAUGACCGUUCAGGACGUGUUGAGUCUGGGCAUCACCUCUCUGGAGCACCAGAAACAGAUCCUGACUGCCAUACAGACUCUUAGGGCACAGGUUAUUCAGAUGCACGGUCGAGGAGUACAGGUCUGACAAACGCACACACGCUCGAACUGGACGUUACCGGGUUUAAAGAGGAAAGACACGUGGACGUCUGUUCCCGUAAUUACCCAGAAGGCCGUUCAGCGGUCAGGAGGUGAUAACUUAGUCACUGCAAUGGCAGUUUUCUUCCUAAUCUUUUCAUUUUUAGGUUUCUUGAUCUUCGCUUUGGGCAAACAUGUUUUUUUUUCACAAACCAACGACGAAACAAUAUCACAGAGGAUUUUCUUUCAAAUAACCUAUGUGCUGAUUUCACCUGCUUCAUCCGCUGCCCCUCAAGCUUUGUCCUUUUUUUGUAGGACUCGGAGGCUCUUAAAUUUAUUUUAAGAACUCGUGCUUUGUAGCCACUGACCAUGUUGUGGACUCGACCAAAAGCAUGCCACCAAAUCUUGGACCUUCAGCUCCUCAGACAAGGAGAAGAUCUGUCUGUAUCUUCAGAAAACAAGUCAACCGAUAAAAAAUCUUAAAACGUUGUAAAUCCCAUCUGUGCAUUUGAUUCUUACAUCUGUUUUUCUUCCACUUGCUUUCGCCACGUAAACUGUUUUCGAAUUUCAGAGUUUUAUUUAGUGUCAUCUAAAAUCUAUAUUCUGUGUUGUGUUUAUCGUUCUCGUUCUGUCUUAACUAUAGACAAUGUUUGCACUGCGGUAUCCAUGACUUACUUUAUCUUGUACCAUAUUUAUUAGAGAAUUUAUUUAUGUGUUUACAGAAGCUUACUGGAAUUCAUCUGAAAUUUGAAUGCAGAAAUUUCACGCCUCGGGAAACAGCGCACGAAAUCUGGUCACAUUUGCUGUGAUUUCAUCAAAAUGCUUCUCGAUCUUGUUUGUGUCAUUUUAUUUUGCCUGCACUUUUAAGGGUCGUCUGUGAACGGGUGGCCGUGUCGCGCAUACACACGCUUACAGACAUUUAUUAUGCGCUGCAGUGACGGCUGUUGGAUACACUCGGAUGUGUGUAUUACUGGAUGUUGCCAUUGUGUACGACGGAAGUGGUUCUUCUUUGAAAAGAAAGUUCUGAAUGUGCUAGUGUUAUUGGAUUUGGACUUUUGCAUUUUUGUGUGAUGUGUGCGUUGGGAACUAUAGUCUGUGGGAGACUGAGAUUCUGUGUGCUGAAACGUUCACAUUUUAUCAUAUAAACGGAUCGGUUCAAAACGCAACAAAGACCAUGGUGCACAAAAGGAUUGUGUUACAAAAUAGAAAAGUACAAAACAAACCGUAAUUCAUAUACGUUUGUUCUUUUUUCAGGACAUGAGCAAUUAUAAAGAAUGUUGUGAGUGAUCGCAUCACAUUUUUUACUGUGAGUGUUUGAUAGACACAGAUAUAAAGAGCGCUUACGUGACUACCACAUAUUCAUAAUUAUCUGAGACGUAUCAUUUUAAAACACAACGAACCCAAAUGAAUAAUCACUUCGAAAUCUAAACAACAAACUGUUCUGCACUGUUGAACAACCCUUUACAAAAUAAGACCGGAGUCCCCCUUUGCAUUGUGUGUAUCAUUCUGAUCUCUGUUUGAUACUGUAAAUAUGUAUUUGAAAAUGCAAUCUAUUUUUAUAAUUUGUUUGAAUAAUAAUGUGAUCCUUUCACUGUGUUUAAACGAUUAUUGUUUGAAUUAGGCGAGUAGUGACGAAUAAAGUGUCUUUCUUUUCGUUUUUCCUUUCGGUUGAAAUUUUUCAUGAUUUUUACCUGGUAGAAAAACAGAUGGCUGUUGCAAUACUGAAACAUGUUAUUAAAAAAAUACAA